AUGUCGUGGUUAUUUGGCGGCAAGACCGAAGAACAAAAGAAGGAAGAGUCAUUCAAGCAACAGUUUGGGUUUGACCCAGCUCAAGUAAGUGACGUCUCAUCCAUAUUACUGGCUCCUGGUGUUCUUGACACCCAAAAAUUGCAUCCUUUGGCCGGUUUGGAGAAGGGAAUCGAGUACUUGGACUUGGAAGAAGAACAACUUACCUCUGUAGAAGGUGCCCAAGGGUUAAUUCCAUCUAGAUCUUGGUCUGACGACUUGUGUUAUGGUACAGGUGCCGUGUACUUGUUGGGAUUGGGUAUUGGUGGUGCUUACGGAUUCCAGGAGGGUCUUAAGAACUUGCCAAAGAAUGCUCCACCUAGAUUGCAAUUGAACACAGUUUUAAAUCACAUCACCAAGAGAGGUCCAUACUUGGGUAACUCUGCCGGUGUUUUAGCCUUGACAUACAACUUGAUUGACGCUUCUUUGGAUGCUGCCAGAGGAAAGCAUGACGACAUAAACUCCGUAGCUGCUGGUGCCUUGGCUGGUGCUAUUUUCAGAAGUAGUGCAGGUCUCAGACCAAUGGGUUACUCUACUGUAUUGAUGGCUGGUGCUGCCGGUGCAUGGUGUGGUGUUAAGAGACUUUUGGCUUAA